AUGGUAAUAGCCUUUGUUUUAGUGGGAUGUGAAAAAUGCUUUUUACAUCAUGAUUGCUCUGAGAAGGUCUAUAUGCAACCUCCUCUAGGGUAUCAUCAUCCUCCUGGUAAGCUUGGAUUUGCUUCUAGUCACUAUGAUUCUGCUUUUUUUACUCGAUGUACUAAUGCUAAUAUUACCAUUUUGUUACUUUAUACCGAUGACAUAAUUAUUAUUGGUGAUUAUACUUCUGGCAUUGUUGAGCUUAAGAAAUUCUUGAGUCAGCUCUUUGAGUUGAAGAAUCUUUGCUUCCAUAGUUACUUUCUCGAGCUUAAGGUGUCUUCCAUCCCUGAUGGCUAUUACUUGUCCCAAGCUAAGUAUGCAUCAGAUCUUUCUCUUGCUGACCUUACUGAUUGUAAGAUGGGUGAUAGCACUCUUAAGAGCAACGUCAAACUCCUUAGUACUGAUGGGGAGGUUCUUUUAGAUGCUAAUAUUUAUCGUCAGUAG